AGUGCGGCGCGGCGCGGGGCGGGGCGGGGCGGGCCGGUGCGCCUGGCUGCUGGCUGCGUCCUCCUGCGAGCGCUGGAGAGGGGCUGGAGGCGGGGCGGGGGCGCGGCUCGAGGCAUCCCUGCAGGGCGCUCCUCCGAGUCCCUCGGCGCUCCGAGCCCACAGGGAAGAAGGAGGGGCCAGCGUCAGUGACGUCAGUGACACCGAGGUGAGCGUGGGCGUCGCCAGUGGUGCUCCGUCAGUGCCUAUGGAUUAUGGCAGGAAAAGUAAAAUGGGUCACUGAUAUCGAGAAGUCAGUGCUGAUCAAUAACUUUGAAAAGAGAGGAUGGGUCCAAGUGACAGAGAACGAGGAUUGGAAUUUUUACUGGAUGAGUGUGCAAACCAUCCGAAAUGUGUUCAGCGUCGAAACUGGAUAUCGGCUCUCAGAUGACCAAAUAGUCAACCAUUUUCCAAACCACUAUGAACUGACCCGGAAGGACCUGAUGGUGAAGAACAUCAAAAGAUACAGGAAGGAGCUGGAGAAAGAAGGGAGUCCCCUGGCAGAAAAAGAUGAAAAUGGAAAAUACCUCUAUCUGGACUUUGUUCCUGUCACCUAUAUGCUGCCUGCUGACUACAACCUGUUUGUAGAGGAGUUCCGGAAGAGCCCGUCCAGCACCUGGAUCAUGAAGCCUUGUGGCAAGGCCCAGGGAAAGGGCAUCUUCCUUAUCAACAAGCUCUCACAGAUCAAAAAGUGGUCCCGGGACAGCAAGACGUCUUCGUUUGUGUCUCAAUCUAAUAAAGAAGCCUAUGUGAUCUCUCUCUAUAUCAACAACCCGUUACUAAUUGGCGGGAGGAAGUUCGACCUGCGCUUGUACGUUCUGGUGUCCACGUACCGUCCGCUACGCUGUUACAUGUAUAAGCUUGGGUUUUGCCGGUUUUGCACAGUGAAAUACACCCCGAGUACCAGUGAGCUGGACAACAUGUUCGUUCAUCUCACCAACGUCGCCAUCCAGAAACACGGGGAGGACUACAACCACAUCCAUGGGGGCAAGUGGACAGUGAGCAACCUGCGGCUGUACCUGGAGAGCACCCGCGGCAAGGAGGUGACCAGCAAGCUGUUCGACGAGAUCCACUGGAUCAUCGUGCAGUCCUUGAAGGCUGUGGCGCCGGUGAUGAACAAUGACAAGCACUGCUUUGAAUGCUAUGGCUAUGACAUCAUCAUUGACGACAAGCUGAAGCCCUGGCUGAUCGAGGUGAACGCGUCCCCGUCUCUCACGUCCAGCACUGCCAACGAUCGAAUCCUUAAGUAUAACCUGAUUAAUGACACCCUCAACAUCGCUGUCCCGAACGGCGAAAUCCCAGACUGCAAAUGGAACAAGUCGCCCCCAAAGGAAGUCCUCGGCAAUUACGAGAUUCUGUACGAUGAAGAACUGGCCCAGGGCGAUGGGGCCGACCGGGAGCUGAGAAGUCGUCAGGGCCAGUCUCUGGGGCCCAGAGCAGGCCGAUCCAGAGACUCGGGGAGAGCCGUCCUUACCACCUGGAAGUGACUCCCACCCAGACCUUAUCAAAACUACUCACUCUACCUGGGCCCCUCCUGAAGCCCUAUUUUGAAAUUUCCCUUUUCUAGAGCUUUUUUCCUUUCCUAAGCCCUGUAAAUAAAUGAAGGCACUUCUUUGGAAGGUU